CCUAGAACCAAAACGGGUAAGCGUAUUCAAUAUAUUUUGCGAUCUUUUGCAAUAAGUCGAUAAUUUUGUUCUCUCGCAUCUGAAGUAAUAGGGAAGAACCCUCUCCAUCUCUCGACAGAGCUAUCGAUUUAGAGGAUUUCUGUUAGAUCUAUCAAGUGAUUUUCCUGGGAAUUAGACAUCUGUCCUAUUUUUCGUGGAAUGGCUGGCCAGAAGAGUAACCACGGGAAACGGUCCCAUUCACAAGCUGACUAUGCAGAAAAUGGUGGAAGUAAGAGACGAAAUCCUGGUGAUGAUAGAGAUCAGUAUACUCCUGGACCAGAUGAUACUGUAUACCGUUAUCUUUGUCCUGGAAGAAAGAUUGGAAGUAUCAUUGGUAGGGGAGGUGAGAUUGUAAAGCAAUUAAGGGCAGAAAGUCAAUCUAAGAUUAGGAUUGGCGAGAGCAUGCCAGGGUGUGACGAACGUGUCAUCACUAUAUUUAGUUCAAGCCGGGAAAGCGAAGAUGGAGAUGUUGUUUGCCCGGCACAAGAUGCUCUUUUUAAGGUGCAUGAUAGGCUUGUCGCUGAUGAGGCGGGUGAAGAAGAUGCUGAAGGGGCUCGGGAAAUUACUGUUCGGAUGCUUGUACCAUCAGACCAAAUUGGGUGUGUGAUUGGUAAGGGUGGGCAGAUAAUCCAGAGUAUUCGUAGUGAAACUGGUGGUCAGAUUCGUAUAUUAAAGAAUGAACAUCUGCCUCGCUGUGCUCUUAGUACUGACGAACUUCUCCAGAUAACUGGAGAAGCCGAAGUUGUGGUGAAGGCUCUCCAAAUAUUGUCAUCUCGCCUCCGUGAUAAUCCUUCUCGAUCUCAGCAUCUGCUUACAUCUGCCCCAUCGAACAUGUAUCAAUCAGGUGGCACUUUUAUGGGUUCGAAUGCUGGUGCACCGAUUGUUGGUUUGGCUCCAUUGAUGGGUCCUUAUGGUGGAUACAAGAGUGACACGAGAAGUGAGUGGUCCCAUGCUUUUUAUCCUGCUCCAAGAGAUGAAGCGUCAGCAAAGGAUUUCUCUCUUCGUUUGCUUUGCCCAACUGGAAAUAUUGGAGGAGUUAUUGGAAAGGGUGGUUCCAUUAUCAAGCAAAUCAGGCAGGAGUCUAGGGCAUUUAUUAAAGUUGAUAGUUCAGCUUCUGAGGAAGAUGAUUGCAUUAUAACAAUCUCAGCAAAGGAGUUUUUUGAAGACCCCAUCUCUCCAACUAUUGAUGCUGCCGUGCGCUUGCAGCCAAAAUGCAGUGAAAAAUCUGAUAAGGAUUCAGAUUCAUCCAUCUUGACUCGUCUGCUUGUGCCUGUCUCACGUAUUGGUUGCCUUAUUGGUAAAGGUGGAUCUAUUAUAUCUGAGAUGAGGAGACUCACAAAAGCAAACAUUCGCAUACUUUCAAAGGAAAACCUUCCAAAAGUGGCAUCUGACGAUGAUGAGAUGGUGCAGAUCUCUGGAGACCAUGAUGUUGCAAGGAACGCUUUAAUUCAAGUGACCACACGGUUGAAGGCCAAUUUUUUUGAGAGGGAGGGUGCAUUGUCCACGUUUCCACCAGCUCUUUCCUACCUUCCAAUGUCUGCUGAUGUUACAGAUGGUUCAAAAUAUGGCAGUAGGGACAGUAAAUCACAUGGACGUGGGUACUCCUACUCCAUGGGUUAUGGCGGUUCUAGUGAUGUUAAUGAUUCAUAUGGAAGUUAUAGUGGAUCACAGAGUGGUGCUGGGGCUUAUGGAGCAUAUGGUAGUUACUCUUCGGGCCGUUCUGGUAGUGCGGGGUUAUCUGGUACGAACCCGGUUUCCCAUGGGAAACAUCAUGUUUACUAGGUGUCCCUGAUGAUUAGGGCCUGCAGGUCAUUUUUUUGGAGGCUCUAGGGUCUGAUGUCAACACCACAGUGAUUGAGGAGCGCUCCUGAUUGCCUCGAGGAGUAGGUUGGAUAUAUCUCUGAUAUCUGUUCUGACCUUUGGAUAUGUGAGCUGUUUUGCAGAUCAUUAGGAUGUUAGAGGUGCACACAUUUUAUGUGGUAGGUUUAUUCUCUGCCAUGUGAUGUGUGUUAAUGUUAAUUUGUCACCUUGAUCAAAUGCAAUUUAAGCCUUUGAUGGAGUUAAUUUGGCAGGUUUUUAGGAUUGUUGUUUCUGCAUAAGGGCAGGUAAGUUAUUCUAUGACUAGGCUCAUUUUAAUCAGGUAAUCUUAAUUUCUAUUACAUUGGUGUUGCGUAUAUUGCAAGCUAAUUUAGUUUGACAACUUUUGUGUUUAAUCUUUGCCAUUGAUACAUUCACUGUUGGGUUUUUUGUUUUACUAGUGUGGACCUAUUGUUGUUUUUCGUUCUUUUUCUUUUAAAUUUGUUUUAAUCUCUUAUUUGUUUGAACUGGGCAAGCAAUCUUAAUGUUAUGCCCAAGUUUAGGAACUUACAACUGCCUAUAUUUUCCUUUCCUCACGUUUCAACUGAAUGAUCUCUGUUUUUCAUCUCAUUUCUCUUAUUUAUUUUUUUUAUUCUCUGUUUUCAAUAGUUUUUCGUCCGUGAGCUAUGUUUCAUAUUGAAUACUUCUUUCUUUUGCUGGAGUACACAGGUUAGUAUUGAUGAGUUGCUGCCAUGGAUUGGGUGCAACCAUCCUUACAGAGUUGGUCAUACUUUAGUGUCCUUAAAAGAGUAAAUUAUAAGAUAAUUAAUUAUGGCAGGAACUAGUUGGAUAGGAAGUUAACUAUUUUACUUUGGUGGUUUUUAUGUUCUCUUACUGUUCACUAGUCGGAGUGUCGUGAUGUGGGAUUGCCAAGUGGAGUCCACUGGUACAAGAGGCAAAAAGAACAUGAAAGAUUUAUUUUCCCUCAGUUAUUGAGAAUGGACAAUUUUGCUAUUCGAUAGUUCGGUUUUAGAAGAUACGAGUCAUCUUCUUGGAGUAUUUGGCUUUUGGGACAAUGGAUUCCGAGGAUCAUUCAGAUCAGCAUGAUAGCCUGGAGGAACUAGGGGUUCCCACCCUGUUUAUUUAUAUAAUUCAUAUUUACUUAACCUCUCUUUAAGUACUCUGAAAUGAUUAUUUUUAUUAACUUGCGCAGAAAGUUGAUAGAAGUACUUGCAUACUUGCAUGUUUAUAUGCGGUUUUUCUGUGUUUUAUUGAUUGUACAAAACUUGAUCUUCUAUUGAUAUUGGUUGCUGCCCCGUUAGCAUGGGAAUUAUUUAUUUAA